AUGGUUAAGUUAUUUUAUAUAUCACUUUUAAUAUUUAUUUUUAGUAGUAAUGUUUAUGGAGGUUUUUUAAAUGAUUCAGAUAUCACACCAAUUUCAUCAAAUAAUGAUGUUGUCCGUUAUUAUGAGGGAUUUUAUUUAAUAGAUGGUUAUAGUUUUGUUGGUACAUCAAAAGAGGGUAAAAUUAGUACUAAUUAUACUGGUAAUUAUACCGAAGAUACCUCAACCUUUGCUUAUUCAAACCAAACCACAAAUUAUCCUCGUUUAAAAUGGUUCUAUACUCUCUCAAUUAAAGACUGGAUCCCCUUUAUAUAUGUUCCAACUUAUAUAGUAGAGUAUGUCGAAAAUAAUAAAAAACCAGGUCUUCAAAUUGAUGAGGAUGAAAUUGUUAGGACAAUUAAUCUUGCAACUUUAGAGUUCCAAUAUGAAAUUGAGAGUGGUGAAUUAGAGAACUCUGAUGGCAUGAAAUUCAAAGUUUAUCAUAUUAGUGUUGCAAGUAGCACUGGACUCUUUCAAAUAAAUUAUACCAUAUCCGAAAACCCAAUUAAAAUCAAUGGUACUUUAUUAUCUAGUUCUCAAAGUAAAAUAGAUAUUGGUAUAUAUAAUUAUUAUAAUCAUACUUUCCCAUGCUAUCCUACUUCAUGUUAUUCUGGCCCUUCAAAUAAAAAUUCAAAUCUUGCUUUGCUUUCUUUCCUAGUAGCUAGGAGUGGAAUGGAGGUAUUAGAGGAAAAGGUAUCUGUUAAUAAUGACUUGGGUCUCUCUGUGAAUUUCGAAUGGGCUAAAACAGCAAAUAUCCAAGUAGAAAAUAGUUCCUUAAAUGAAAUAAAAUGUGUUUACACCAAUAGUUCUGGUUAUAAUGCAAAGAAAUAUGGUUCUACUUUUAUUAAGGAGUAUAUUGAUGACACUUAUGUGUUCCUUGUUACUUCAUUCGAAGGUUCAAGACCAUCAAAAAUAAAAUGGGACACAAUUAUGGGUGGAUCAGCUCUAGGUUUUAACAAUAUCUCAUCUAAAUGUAUAUAUAAUCCUCUAUUAAUAGCCAUUGCAUUUUUAUUAUUGUUAGUUUAA